AGAGAGGUUGAUGAUAUUUUUCAAGAUGUUGACCCCUCCAUAAUGCAAGGCUCUUCAUUAGCUAUAGAUUUAACUACAUACCAAUCACUUCAACUAUCUGCAGAAGGUGUUACAGAAGUUGAGGUUGAUGCUAAUACAUCUAAAGAAGAGGAGGACUAUGGAGAAGAAAAAGAUUCAGAAUCCUCAGAAAAUAGUGAUAAUGUUGAGGAUGGUGGUGAUAGCGAUGAUAGCGAUGAUAGUGAUGAUUAAUUGAAACAUCUUACUUUAAACUGUUAGCUUUAGCUUUUAUUACGAUAUAUUUUCUUAUUUUGCUUGACCUCUAGUGAUCAUACUUCAAAAGGUAUGAAGUUUUGGACUACUUUGGAGGUUAAUUAUUAUUAACUAAAUAUCGUGGGUAUUUAAAACAAUGGUGUGUAAUUGCCAUAUAUACUUUGUGGUUGUAGUUGUAGUUGAAAAGGUAUAAUUGUUUUUAGCAUACUAGACUUGUAGAAUAUAUGUGUUUUUCAUUG